CCCACCGGUGCGGCGGGUCAAAGGCCGAGCUGGCCUGAAAGCGUCCGGCCGGGGCGGCUCUCGCUGCGCCCCGCUGCCGGGGAUCAGGCGCCCGGACAGGCCCGGCCUUGGCACAGGGCGCGCCCCCCACAAGGGACUUGGCCCCGCCGCUCGAGAAGGGCCGACGGCGUCGGGACCCCCCGUGUGUGUGCGGGGGAGCAGCGGGCUAAGGACUCUUCCCCCCCCGGGGGGGAGGAGGAGCAGGUCUUUGGGGUGGGUGAGGCUUGAACCCAGGGGCCCGGCCUAGCCAAUUGAUUUAGAGAUCAUGAAGAAUCUCAGACUGCACUUGGUAACCUGGAAUGUGGGCACAGCUUCUCCUCCUCCUGAUGUCACUGGCUUACUUCAGCUCAGUUCACAGGGACCGAGUAUGGAUAUGUAUGUUAUUGGUUUACAGGAGGUAAACUCCAAGAUCCUAAAUUUCCUUUCUGACUUGGCAUUUGAUGAUCCGUGGAGCAUUUUCUUCAUGACCGUAUUCUCUCCUUUGGGUUAUAUCAAGCUCUCAUCCAUUCGAAUGCAGGGACUCCUUCUGCUGGUCUUUGUGAAGCAUGCCCAUAUCCCCUUCAUACGGGACAUUCACACUCACUACACGCGCACAGGCCUUUAUGGAUAUUGGGGGAACAAAGGAGGAGUCACCAUUCGCAUGUCCCUCUAUGGUCAUACGAUCUGCUUCAUGAACUGUCAUUUGCCUGCUCACAUUGAGAAUGCUGAGCAACGACUGGAUGACUUUGAGAAAAUUCUGGAAAUGCAGCAGUUUGAAGAUGAGAAUGUGCCAAAUAUUCUAGACCACGACAUUCUUUUCUGGUUUGGAGAUCUCAACUUCCGGAUAGCAGAUUAUGGAAUACAUUUUAUCCGAGAGUCAAUAAGCAAUAGCCGAUACAAUCUACUAUGGGAAAAGGACCAGUUAAAUAUAGCAAAGAAGAAGGAAGCUUUUCUCCAGGAAUUUAUAGAGGGUCCCUUGCAGUUUAAACCCACUUACAAGUUCGAUCUUCACUCUGACGUGUAUGACACGAGGGGGCAGAAGACACUGUUUUGGUUUAAUGGGAAGAAACGGAAGCCAGCAUGGACAGAUCGAAUUCUUUGGAGGGUGAAGAAUCUCUCCCAGCAUCCAUCAGAGGAUGGAGAUUUGUGUGAAGGAGAGCAGACAAUCUCUGUGACCCUGAAUAACUAUAUCAGUCACAUGAGCUAUGGCAUCAGUGAUCACAAACCUGUUACAGGAACCUUCGGGCUUCAGAUAAAGCCUCUUUUGUCCACUCCAUUGGUCACUCUGAAUCCUGAGGGUGAGUGGAAUGCUGCACGGGAUGUUCUAAUCAGCUAUUCCACAUUAUCUGAAUUUCCAAGCAGUACCUGGGACUGGAUUGGGCUCUACCAGGUGGCAUUCAGGCAUGUGAAUGACUAUGUGACCUAUACCUGGGUAAAAGAUGAUGAAAUUUCGUCCAGUGAAGAUGUUACUCAAGUUUACAUCAGUGCUGAUGAGAUCCCCCAUGCAGGAGGAGAGUUUCUCCUUUGUUAUUAUAGCCAUAAUUUGCAGUCUAUAGCUGGUAUCAGCCAGCCCUUCCAGAUUCAGCCAAGCAGGAGAUCAGUAGACAAGGAAAUGGCACAGGAAAACAUCAAUGGCGUAGAGAAACCUCACAGUCCUGAGCCAUAUAAUGAGUUCUGAAGUCAGAACUUAGUGAUAUUGAUUCAGAUGUCAGAGAUGCUUACCUUCCCUGUUUCUUAGCGAUUAUAGACCUUCCUCUGUAGGAGAUGGAGUCAGGCAGUGCAAAGGGUCCCACAGGUAGGGCUGUUCAGAUCAUAGAUUUUAAAAGCUCUGUAGAAAGUAAUUUCUUGUGGACAUGACUAUUUCUAUUGUCGCCAUAGGAGGUAACUCUCUAGUGGUCCUGCAUGGAACCAGGGCUCUAAUGACAGGUCCUGAUCAGUGCUGGCCAGCAUGAGAUCAUAGUGGAGAUCUCUAUUCCAGUGAUUUAAUCUAAAGUAAUAGCAUUCUGCAGCAGCUUCCAGGACUGCUGCUUUCCUGCUUUUUGUAGGAGAUAUUUUAGUAACCAUGCAGUGGACUUUUUUUAAGUGUUUCAGAACUUAAGUGAAAUUAUUUUAAAAACAAAGUUUUAUUUAUUAGAUAUACAAUUAUUGAGCUUAUGUUAAAGUAUUUUUGAAUUUUGAUGAAUAAAUGUUAGCAAAUGAUAUCUUUGGAAGCAACCAACUGUAGGGCAACAGAAGUAAUAAGAAAACAAGGUAUUUGGGUCACAUGGAUUUUCCUUUGACUUUUGACCCUUUUUAUUUUCUGCCCCACAUUUCAAUAAUAAUCUUUCUGAAUAACUUCCCUGCUCGAAAUGUUAAAGACAAGCAUACAUCCAGCAAACCAAACUUUUACGUGAUUUCUGAUGCCUCUUUCAUUGGUAAUGAAAAUCAUAGAGGAAUUUGCCUAUUACCCCCAGGAACAAGACAGACCUUUUUGUACUAGCUGGCAACUUGGAGCCGAUCCAAUAUCAUGUGGUUUCAGAAAUAAAUUUUUUAAAUGCUGUUGCUUACCAACAUUAAAAUAGUUCUUAAAUUGUGGUCCAUGGAGCACUUAUUGGCAAAGAGCUGACUGGUCACAUGAUGCUAACUCCUCCUUUCCAGCUGUUAAAUUAUAUUAAAAGAAGCUUAAAAAAAAAGUGGUUUGUUAUCUUAUUGCAAUUAAUUUGCUGGGGAGGAAGGGGUGUAAAGGUUAUAUGAAACUUUUGGAGGCCAUUCAUAAACCUCCAUAGACCCUUAGAUUGCAGAGCCAGUAAAGGAUACUUGUGACUCCUUGCUACCAUUCUCUGCUUUCUACAUGGGUACACAACUUCAGUAACAUACAAACUUGUGAUAAGUAAUCUGUUAGUUAUCUCUCAGUGUAUUGUAAAUAAUGGCAAUAGUGAAAAUACAAAACUCAGAUCAGGAAAAGGAGAUCUAGAAACAAAAGACAUUGGUGUAUAUAUUUUUGGAGAAUGGGUGGGGGAAACAGGAUGGAUUCCUUCCUGCUCAUAGUCUUGAAGCCUUGACUAGCUAUCUUAGGGCUUGUCUAUGCUACCACUUUUGUUAGUAUAAUUUAUUUAAAUUUAUAUAAAACACACCCCUGAAUGAUGUAAGUUUUGAUGACAGACGUGCUGGUGUGGACAGUGCUAUGUUGGCAAGAGAGCUUCUCCCACCAACAUAGGUUCCGUCGCUCGUGGAAGUGACUUUAUUAUGUUGAGGAGAGAGCUCUCCCCCGUUGGCAUAGAGUGGCUACAUGAGCGAUUUUUACAGCGGCGCAGUUGCAUCAGUACAGCUGUGCUGCUGUAAGUUCGCAAGUGUAGACAUGGCCUUUGGAGUUAGAAAGUGAAUUCCCUGAUAAUUGAAUCUGUUUUAAGGUGCUGUAGUUAUGACUGGUGUAUAAGAUGUUCUGGGUUCAGAAGGCCUUAGCUUUAAGCUUUGGAAAUAGCAGCAUGUAGAAUGCUCUGGUUAGCUUGUCAGAGCUUUUUGGAUUAAAGACCACCUAGUUUUUGAAGUUUCUAGUUCCCAUAUAGAAAAGGAGUACUUGUGGCACCUUAGAGACUAACCAAUUUAUUUGAGCAUGAGCUUUCGUGAGCACGAAAGCUCAUGCUCAAAUAAAUUGGUUAGUCUCUAAGGUGCCACAAGUACUCCUUUUCUUUUUGCGAAUACAGACUAACACGGCUGUUCCUCUGAAACCUGUCAUUAUGCAAGUUCCCAUAUAGUUAGAUUUAUGUUGUCAAGUGUCUGAACUUAAUGCUUUGGCACUGGGAACUGUUCACUUGCCAACAGCAAGUGUGGGGGCAGAAGAUACUGUGUACCAGCACAAGAAUUAAUACAGUUCUUGCGUAUAAAACAUGAAAAAUGUAAUCCUGUUGAUAGGCUGCUAUAAAAUGAGAUUAUGUUGUAUUGUCAUUUGUACCAUUGUUGUGUAAAAUUUGCUUUACACUAAAGAACUUUUUCAAAGUUUGUUUUCAAUAGAAAUACACUAAAUGCCCCUACUGCGUCACAAAACUAACUAUAGUUUAAGCUCUUUUUUUUCUGAAUUUGAAAUUGAUUGUGUAAAUCUGUUUUCAUGCUUCCCAUGAGGAGGUUCAUGGGGAAAAAUACAAAAGACUAGGGAACUGAGUUCUUCAAAUUCCUGAGCACAGCUGGUAAUGGGGCGGGGACCAAAAUCCAAUUUCUGCUGCUCAGGACACACAUUCCAUUUGUAGGCAUCUCUGCAGAUAUUUCAGGAGCUGAACACUGACGUAGGGAAGUUUACAUGGUUCCCAACAUCCCUGCUUCUUAACACCACGUGAGGGCUGACCAUUGGUCAAUUAUUGGAGUUGGAAGGUGCCCUUUAUAAAUUUAGGGCUUCAUGUCACAGGACUCUGAUCAAAAUCACAUCUGUUGUAGGCUUUUCCAACAGUAAGAUCUUUAUCCACUAACUACAUAAGACUCGAAUACCCUAGGGUCUUGGUGAGGAGCUUUGGAUCAUAUUUAUAGAUUCCUUUGUUAGGCAUUGUACAUACAGUAGCAAAUUAAUUCUAAAUUUUGUCUGUUACCUUGAUCCAUAAAGGAUUUUUAAAGAAUAUUUUGUGACCAAUAUCAUGCAGCUUCUUGAUGGAAUUUAAUUUUUUCCUUAAAUACUAAUUUACUUGUAUAAUAUUUAGAAAUGGCUUUUAAAUCCAUUUACUUUUUAAUGCACUGCAUGUAUCAGUUUGAAGUGAGUCUUGGUGAUGAAGAGUCCAUUAAGUGCAUUAAUCACUUCUUGUAUUUUAAACAAUUGAAGACUGAUUUUUUUGAGGAGCUAGGGGGAAUUCUCCCCUGUAUUAUAAUUUUCACACAAGCCUUUGAUAACCAUUUUUGGUGUGCAGUUGGAUAUUUGUAUUAAGAGAUUAUGCUGCAGUAGGGUAGUAAUAAAUACACUGUAAGGGAUUGAAUCAUUCCAAACAAGGGCCCAAGGGGUAAUGUAAUUCUCCUUUGGAGAUAGUGGAUUCAUCUUGAAAUAAAAUUCUCCCUUUUGAAGGAGUUCUGUA